CCGAUGAAAGAGAGCACUCUGAGAGAGGUGUGCGAGUCGCUGUGUCCAAUUCAGAAGGUACCUUACCUGUGUCAAUGCAUGUUGCCGCUUGUCAAACAAAAUUUCGACGUAAACUUAUCAAAGCUUUGAACUGCUGUUUAGACUCUUGACUUACCAGAGAAAUGGAUAUAUUAUGGUGGUGGCUACAGAUUAAGCACAAAACGUGAUAUGGGAUAUUAGUGCAAACAGACUUAUGUUCUAGAUAUGUGGAGUGAAAUGAAUGGAUGCAAUUAUAACUUCCGUUUCACUAUAGUUUUACGACACUGGUUAUUUUUAAUUGUUCUUUUUCACAUUUCUUCGCGGUUUAUUACGUGCUUUCGUGCCGUUUCAGGGCUAUACAUAGAUUCCAAGCAUCAGUUUGACUUAAUUGAUGGCCUUCGGAUUUAUAACAAUAGUUAUCCUGGUCUUUCUAUAGCUGAAGGCAUCCAUCACCUUUCCCCUGCUGUCCUUUUACAAGGUGAUGCAAGGCACCUAAAGUUGCCUGCAGAGAUGUUGCAGAAAGUCACACAACGUUUGUCACAAACAAAUGAGUUUAGUUUCAUUGCAACUUUAAAGCAAGAAGAGAGAAACACUGGAACAAUUAUAUCAUUCUCUGAAGGAAAUGACAGGUAAGCUU